AUGGGAAUUCAAAGCGUUUGCCAGGCUAGCGAUGCCUCCUUCGGCCCCGUGGUAGCAACCCAAUGCCGAUCAUUCGAUUUUACCUUGCUUUUCGAGGAUGUCUUUCUAGUUUAUGUUCCUUGUUCCAUCUUUCUUAUCUUAGGCAUCAUCCCAUUUACUAUUAUACAGCUCUUUUUGGUCAGUGAAAUUACCAUAUAUACAGUACUUCCAGAAAAUCAAGAGACAAGAAACAAGGGGUAUGGAUUGAUAACAGCUUCAGAGAUUAUAUAUAUUAAUCUUGCUAUAAUAUUCUAUAAUCAGCAGAUAUAUCAGUAUAUUAUUAGUAUUCGUGGCAGUCUUCUUGCGGCACUUGCAGUAUUAUCUAUCAUGCCUGUCAUUCUCUCCCUGUCACGUAUCCGGGGUAACAUCGCUGGCCCGCUCGACUUUCAACCGGACUGGUACCGUCACGUACUCUGGCUGUGCUGUUUGACCGAGGAGUUUCAAGCUCUGCCAGAACGAGACUUUACCAGAAUCGGAGGACAGGGUUUCAUGCUCAGUGGAGGGCAGAAACAACGCCUGGCCCUUGCCCGUGCCCUUUAUUCCGGCUGUAAGAUGGUAGUCUUUGACGAUAUCUUCAGCGGGCUUGAUGGAGCCAAUAUAAAUAGUAUUUGUGAAAGGCUACUGGACAGGCAUACAGGUUACCUGCGUUCCAGAGGCAUUACUGUUAUCCUAUCGACACAUAAUGCCAAAGUAGCAGCCUUUGCCGAUGAGAUUCAUUUUCUGAAUGAGGGUACAGUCGUGACAUACAAGCCGUCUCCCCCUUCGACACCCUCUUCUGGUCAUCAAAUUUCGUUUCCUGAAGGCCACGACUACGAACAAUUGGCCUCGCCAGAACAGCAGCCUUCUCAAUCUUUCGACGCUGACAUCUCCUCCAAUGACGACAUACUGGAUACAAAACAGGGGGUCUCGCAGCCGGUCAAAGAUCGCUCUGUUUAUCUAUAUUACCUAAAGUCCACAGGGUUGGGGCUUUCAGUUCUUUACAUAGUACUUGUCCUUGUCUUUGCGUUCUGCCAAAAUUUCCCAACACUUUGGCUCAAGUGGUGGUCAGAGGCCAGUACUGAAAGCCCAAACAGGCCACAUUGGAUGUACUUGAGCGUUUAUAUUGCCCUUGGGCUAGGUGCUGUAAUUAUUGGCGCUGCCAGCUCAUGUGCACCGCUCAUCUGGCUUAGCGAGGCUAAUUCAGGCGACAUUCUGAAUCGUUUCAACCGGGACUUGGAACUUACCGACAUGACCUUACCGCUUGCCGCCAUUAACACAACAAAAGCGCUGGGGGCUUGUUUGCUGAAGAUGAUCAUACUGUUCGUCGUAGCGAAGUACAUGUCCCUCACAGUUCCACCUCUUCUGAUAGUAUGCUACUUUCUUCAACGGUACUACCUCCGGACAUCUCGACAAAUACGCCUUCUCAGCAUCGAGACCAAAGCUCCAUUGUAUCAACAUCUUUCUGAGACAUUGAGCGGUGUAUCUACCAUCCGUGCAAUUCGCCGACAACGAUGGUUUGAGAGUAACAACCUCUUGCUUGUGGAUAAUUCACAGAAAUGUGUCUAUACCCUAUUCAUGAUCCAACAGUGGUUGACCCUCGCUAUGGAUCUGUUGGCGAGUGGACUGGUGGUUCUUCUCAUGAUCCUCAUCGUCUUUACCAGGGAUUCGUUCGAUUCGGGCUCAUCUGGAACAGCAAUUGUGACCCUCAUGAGCUUUACCCAGUCUUUAGCACGCUUGCUAAAAUUCUGGUCGCUGACUGAAUCAUGCCUUGGGGCGGUCUCCCGGAUUAAAAGCUUCGGGGAGACCGUGCCGUCGGAAGAGCAGAGUAAACGUUUCGAUGCUAACUCAUUGUUGUCCCUAAAUGAAAAGGUAUCAUGGCCUAGUCAUGGUGAAAUCGAAUUCGAUAAGGUUGUCGCAGCUUACAGAUCUCAUCCCGUUCUGAAAUCAGUCUCAAUGCGCAUCAAGCCAGGGGAUAAAGUCGCCAUCUGCGGACGCUCGGGAAGUGGCAAGUCAUCCCUUGUGUUCUGUCUUGGUGGAUUGCUUCCCAUACAAAGCGGCGCCGUUCGAAUUGACGGGGUCGACAUCAUCAAUGUCUCUUCACAGGAUAUCCUCAAGCAUCUGAGCGUCGUGCCCCAAGAUCCGUGCUUUCUGCCCGGAACCAUCCGGCUAAAUAUCGAUCCUGAUGAGACACUGUCGGAAUCCGCCCUUAUGGCGAGGAAGAGCGUGGUUCUAAUUCUUGAUGAAGCCAUGAGUCGAGUCGAUCUUUCUACCCAAUCGCUCAUGGAACGCAUCGUUGCUAGCCAUUUCAAUCAUUGCACCGUUCUUUCAAUCGUGCACCGAUACGAGAACAUAUCCGCCUUCGAUAAGGUUGCGUUUUUCGAAGAUGGGGAACUUAUGGAAUUUGACAGGCCUGAAUCAUUGCUAUGGAAAGAGACCAGAUUCCGGGCUCUCCAUGUGGCCAUCGCCAAUAAUAGGUAUAAAUCAAGACCAGAUCUCUCCCCACCCCGUCUCAAUAUCACCAUUCCUCCAAACAACGGGCUAGAACGAGGAUACAUUUUCAUCGCCCCGUUCAAUGCCGUUUCCGAGCCGGCACAUCGAGCACCACAGCAGCCUGGUGCGUAUAUAUUCAGUGACGAUGGUGAGCUCGUCUGGUCCGGGUACACCUACUUCUCGACCUGGACAGGGAACUUUCAAGCCGCGCGGUGGAAUGGUCAGGAUGUUCUAGCCGCAUUCGAAGGUGCGCACAAUGGACUCUAUGGCCAUGGUCAUGGUCACCAUGUGCUCCUGAAUCAACGAUAUGAGACGAUCAAAGAACUCCGCGCGGGUAACCAUCUGCUCUCCGAUAAACAUGAGUUCGAGAUCUUGAACGAAUCGACGGCUUUGAUCCAGGUCCAUCACCCGGAGGUGCGAGAUCUGAGCAAUUACACAUCCGACCGGCGGCAACAUUGGAUUGUUAACGCAAUAUUUCAAGAAUUGAAUAUCAAUGACGGCAAAGUGUUGUUCGAAUGGAGAAGUCUGGAUCAUAUUGGCCCGGAGGAAUCUGCUCUCCCGCUUCCCAACAAUCAAGCGGGGAUUGGCCACAAUAGCUCUACUUCCUGGGACUAUUUUCAUAUCAAUUCGGUGACCAAGGGCAUCGACGGCCACUACCUUGUGUCCGCGCGUCAUGCCAGCACCAUUUACAAGAUUAACAGCACAGAUGGCAGCGUCAUCUGGCGACUAGGAGGGUCGCGAUCCGAUUUCGCCCUGGGCCCUAACGUAGAAUUUGGCUUCCAGCAUCAUGCCCGAUACCUUGAUCAGGUCGACAAUAGCGACGUGACAAGGAUAACGCUAUUUGACAACGCCGUAUAUGGCUCUGAAAGUGGCGGUGGCGGUGACAAGGAGGUCCGGAUUUAUCCCUACUCCCGCGGCAAAAUCCUCAGACUGGAUCAUCCGACUCGCUAUGCUUCCCUCGAGUCCUCGUUUAUUCCUCCUGAUCUACUGCUGGUGAGAUCACAAGGCUCAUUGCAAACCCUUCCCAGUGGGAAUGUUUUCAUAAACUGGGGCUCAGAGGGAGCGAUAACCGAAUUUUCUUCCGAUGGAGAACCACUCUACCACGCAUAUCUGGACUCCCGACCGCUCAGUCGCGGCGACGUGCAGAACUACCGGGCCUUUCGGGCAAACUGGACAGGCCUUUCCAGUGAAGAGCCCGCUGUGGUAGCCUUUCAGCGACAUGAGACCCAUUGGGGCAGCGGUGGAACCGAUAUAUACUUAUCAUGGAAUGGGGAUACCGAGACGGUCAAUUGGCGGCUCCAAUUGCAAGUGGACACCAGUGACAGCUUACCGGAUGGAUGGAACGAGGAUGUUCGGAACGGAGAACUCGAGACAAAUGUGGCACGGCGGGGAUUUGAGACAGUCCAUAAUGUACCCUUUGCACUGCGUAGUAUUCGCGCAGAAGCUAUUGCUGCAGAUGGAACAGUUCUUGCCUCGUCUAGGCGAGUGCAAGUACAGGCAUGGGAGGUCUAUCAAUACCUGCUCGAGGAGGACAACGUUGAAGUUGCUGAUCUGAAAGUAUCAUCACCUGGGUCGCGCCUGCGCCCGUUGCUGUUCCAGAAAGCCGAUCAGUUGUGACACGCUAUAUGAUCGUCAAUACAACAUCAUCCUAGUGCACACAUAAUUAACGGAUAAUUUUGGGGCUUAAUGACAAGUUGUAGUAGCAUAGGCAGGCUUUUCG